UCCCUGUCAACUCCUAAACCUAACCUACCCAACCGGUUUCCUUUCAACCUUUCACAUAUAAACCACUUCAUCACCCCCUCAAACCAACCCAAUGCAACUCCUCCUCCACCAAUAAACACCACAAACACAAAACCCUCCCUCUUUCUCCUUUCUCAUCAACAAAAAUAUUUUUAUAAUAUCAUAUCAUAAUUUACAUAUGAACAACACAGUAAUUAACAGAAAAGAAAUGGAUCGGAUCAAAGGUCCAUGGAGUCCAGAAGAAGAUGAAGCACUUCAAAAGCUUGUAGAGAAGCACGGGCCGAGAAACUGGUCGAUUAUAAGCAAAUCGAUACCAGGCCGGUCUGGGAAAUCAUGCAGGUUACGUUGGUGUAAUCAGCUUUCACCACAAGUUGAGCAUCGGGCUUUUACGCCUGAAGAGGAUGAUACUAUAAUCAGAGCCCAUGCUCGAUUUGGAAACAAAUGGGCUACAAUAGCCAGGCUUUUAUCGGGCCGAACUGAUAACGCUAUUAAGAAUCAUUGGAACUCUACUUUGAAACGUAAGUGUUCUUCUAUUAUGAUUGAUGAUUCUGAAUCUCCACCGUUGAAAAGAUCUGUUAGUGCUGGUGCUGCUAUUCCCGUUUCUACUGGUCUUUAUAUUAACGCCAAUUCUCCUGGUUCUCCUUCUGGAUCCGAUGUAAGCGAGUCCAGCGUACCUAUUGUGAACACUCAUGUAAACUCUCAUGUUUACCGACCCGUGCCAACGAGAACCGUCGCGCCUCUACCACUCGUAGAAACGACGUCGCCUUCGAAUUCGAAUGAUCCUCCAACUUCGUUAUCACUUUCACUUCCCGGUGUUGGUGUUGAUUCUUCUUCUGAAGAUUCAAACCGUGUAACUGAGCCUGUCAACACUGCACCACCACCUCCUCCGCCACCACCGCCAAGCGCGAUCCCUUUGAUGCCGGUAAUGACCACGGCUGUACCUGUUCCGAUGGCGGUUCCGAUGCAACAAUCGGGAUCGGUGAUGCCGUUUAGUUUUAGUGCGGAGUUGUUGAGUGUGAUGCAGGAGAUGAUUAGAACAGAGGUGAGAAGUUACAUGGCGGGAUUGGAGCAACAGAAUGGGAUGUGUUUUCAAAAAGCUGAGGAUGGAAUUAGGAAUGCUUUGGUGAAGCGAAUUGGGAUUAGCAGAAUCGAUUCGUAAAUGUAAUUAUUGGAGAAUGAAUUGAAUGCAAUUAGGGAUGAAUGAGAAAAACCAGAAAUGAUGAUGAUGAUGGUGUUCUUAGAUGGGAAAAAUGAACACUUUUCGUUUAAUCCCGUUUUUAGUUAUUUUUUUUAAUAAUUUUGGUUAAUGUACAAAAGAAGAGUCAUUAGAGAAAGUGUUGUUGGGAUUAGUGAAUGAAAUUCAUUUCCAAGAAGUUGAGGGAACGAAAGGGAAAAAAAAAAAUCUGAUAGCUCUGCAGUCUGAAACUCGAAAAUUGAAAGGAAAAAAAAAAAAGUUUAGAAUAAAAAAAAUCCGUAAAAUCUCAAAUCUUGUUAUAAUUUCAUUUUAAUUUUAUUUUGCAUAAGCAAUGAUGAUAAAAUUUCAUUUUU